AAAAAGUAAAAAGAACAAGGAAAGAAAUCGAAUUGCGUACCCGCCCUAAGAAUUUUUCAUUUGGAAAAUAUAAAUUCGUGGCACGGGUUGAAGAAUCGGUUUUGAUGGAAACCGGUUCAGUUGAAGUUGCAGGUAAAGAAUUAAAAUUCAACCACCACAGUUCAAGAACAGACUCCAUUCAUCAUCUCAUAAGGGCUUUUGAGACAAAUCCAAAUUUUGAAGGAGAAAUUCAGGUGUUCGAUGUGGGUCUUCCAGGAAAAGUGCUGCCGACGAAUCCGACGCCUUGUUUGAUCUAUGCAAUGGCUUCCCAACGCAGAGUAGUGAUACAGAAUAUCCAUGGUGAGAAGCUUGUAGGAAUCCUGCAUGAUACUGGGUCAGAUGAGCUUGUUAUUAUCUGCCAUGGAUUUCGGUCCUCGAAGGAAAACAUUCCUAUGGUGAACCUCGCCACUGCUUUUGAGAAAGAAGGGAUCAGUGUUUUCCGCUUUGACUUUGCUGGUAACGGAGAGAGUGAAGGUUCAUUCCAGUAUGGCAACUACCGCAGAGAAACUGAUGAUUUACGUGCUGCUGUUCAACAUUUCCAUGGAAAGGAACAUACAGUGACUUCAAUAAUUGGACACAGUAAAGGGGGGAAUGUAGUUCUCUUGUAUGCUUCAAAGUAUAGAGACAUUCAUACGAUUGUUAAUAUAUCUGGCCGAUUUAACCUUGAAAGAGGGAUUGAAGGCCGCUUAGGUAGAGACUUUUUGCAAAGAAUUAAGCAAAAAGGAUAUAUUGAUAUCAAGAAUAGAAGAGGGAAGUUCGAGUAUCGUGUCACUGAAGAAAGUUUAAUGGACCGACUAGCUACCGAGGUUCGUGCAGCAUGCUUAGCAAUUCAGGGUGACUGUAGGGUUUUGACGGUUCAUGGAUCAAUGGAUAAAGUCGUACCAGUUGAAGAUGCUCUUGAGUUUUCAAAGUCAAUAGUAAAUCAUGAUCUAUGCAUCAUGGAAGGGGCUGAUCAUGAUUAUACUUCUCACCAAGAUGAAUUGGCUUCAGUUGUUGUGAACUUCGUUAAAGCUAAUCUUCAUCUACACACAGAUAAAUCCAAGCUGCAUCUAUGUAGGAAGCCUGAUAAAGGUAGUCAUUCCCGGUUGUAAUAACAUUCCUUCAAGAUCAACAAGGAUACUAAGCACUUUCUUUGCUUCUGAAUAUUGUAGUUAGAUUCUGAUGUUGUAUACAGAUGUUUUCCAAACUUCUAAUAAUAAUUUAUGUUAAUGAUUUAUUUGUUGAUAUCGACAUUUU